AUGACCUUACACGGCUUCUCGGGAGAGGUCGUCUAUUGGGCCUUUCCGUUAACUCUAAAAGGAGCAGCCCGGAGCUGGUUUAGGGGGUUGUCAUCAGGAAUGAUAGGAAGCUUUGAGGAGCUUGUUCGUCUCUUCAUGAUGCAAUUCCUGGCUAGCCGUAAGAGGAGAUGCCCCGCGGCCUACCACCUGAUGGUCAAGCAGCGGGACGACAAAAAUCUGAAGUCGUACCUUUCGAGGUUCAAUCAGAAACACAUGACCAUGGACGACCAGGACAAGAAGAUCAUGUUAACAGCACUCUUGGGGGGUAUCUGGCCGCUGAAUCCAUUCAUGUAUGAAAUAGCACGGAAGACCCCCACCACGCUGAGAGAAUUCAUGGACCGGGCAGGUGAGUUCAUUAACGCAGAAGACACUCUAGAGGCCCUGACGGUCCCUCGACGAUCUGAGCUGGAGCGGGCUGGUAUAAAGGCAUUAGGACAACGUCCCAACCUUGACAACCGCUGA